AUACCUUCAGGGGCCAUCAGGUAACACAAAGGAGUAAAGUGACUGAGUGACACAUGGCGACCUGGGGAGCUCUGUCUGAGGGGCACCGGGCUCCUCCACUCCAGCUGAUUGUUGCCGUGUGGCUCUGGGGGCCCAGUUUGCAGACCUUCUGCUCUUUCUAGAGAAGCUGGAUAUUCAGAUUUCUUUUUAUUGUGGCAAAAUACACAUAACAGAAAAUUGACCCUUGUAACCAUUUUAAAGUGUAUAAUUCAGUGGCAUUAAGUAUAUUUGCAACAUUGUGCAACCAUCACCAUUAUCUACUUCCAGAAUCUUUUCAUCACCUCAAAAGGAAACCCCAUACCCGUUAACAGUCACUCCACCAUCCCCUCUCCUCUGUCCCUGGCGACCACCAAUGUUUUCUGUCUCUAUGGGUUUGCCUGGUCUAGAUAUCUCAUGUAAGUGGAAUCAUACAAUAUUUGUCCUUUUGUGAUUGCUUCUUUCACUUAGCAUGUUUUCAGAGUUCAUCCAUGUUGUGAUAUGUGUCUGUACUCCACUCCUUUUUAAUGGCUGAAUAAUAUUCCAUUGUGUAGAUACAUAUUUAUCCAUUCAUUGGUCGAUAUUUGGAUUUUUGAUAUAUCUUCCUAUUGUAAAUUCAAAUAUAUAUUUUAAAAAGUUCUGUGUGGCCCUAAGCAAAUAGCUGCUGGCCAGAUACAGUCAAAGGGCCGACAGUGUGAGACCUCUGUUUUAUGACCUGCUGUUAUAUAUUUUCCCAUAUAACCCUUAGAAUGAUUCUUUGAGGUAAGCGUUCUUGUCUUCAUUUUUCACAUUAGGUACUCCAUUUCCCCAGUAGCUCUUUUCCCCAAAACUAAAACCUCAGGGGAAACUGCUUGGUUCUAGAAUGAGUGGGAUUCAGAGAUCUAGCCUAUGGCUGUGACCUUGAACUUCCCCGGGACUCAGUUUCCCCACGCGUAAAAUGACGGGUGUUGGGCUAGUUUAUCUCCAAAGCACUGGGCUUUCCCCUGCAUCCAUCUGGGGAAAUCACAGCAUAAGUUCUGCUCAAAUCUGUUUAGCUGCAGCCAACACGAAGAUACGGCACCUGCGUUAUCCUGACAGCAGUAGUCGAUUCCUUCCGGAACUGUCCUGAGGCAAGAUGGGGAAGAAGAAACCUCACAAGUCCCCCUUGUAGACGGGCCGGUCCAUUUUACCCGCUGGGGUCAUUGCGCGGUGGCAGCACCUGGUCUGAGCCUGGGACUUCAGUCAGAAACGGCUUAAAUUUAAGCCGUGGGUCUCUGACACAAACCCCGACGUGGGCCCCUCACCUCAUUUAUGGUGAGGGCAACUUGUCUCCGGGGAGGGGGGGGGGGAGGGAAGAGCCCCUGCUGAAACGCUCAUGAUCACUGAGCUUUUCCUGCGCCAAAAGCUUCCGAACGAGCAAGGUCGAAUGUCUCUCGUGGUCCGCCUCACCCGCGCACCUUUCCUCCGGCCCGAGUUUUCCUAAAGGACGAAGGAAAGGGGAGCGACAUCCUAGCUCGCCUAUUUGAACAGGGCAUCGGGCCAGCAGGGAUCCGCGUCUCUCAACUCUUUCCAAGAGCACCUCGCGUCCCGAAUCGCCGCUUGCAACUCUGAGAAGUCAGCAGCCCCACAGGAAACUUGCAUUAUUGCACCCGCCGCCACCAACCCCGGCCAGCGGCCGGGCAGCCGAGCCGGCUCCCGCGGCAUGCGCCCCCUCCACGGCCGGCCGCCCCGCGGGCCCGCCCUCCCCGGGGGACCCCACGGCACCUGCGGCCUCCGAGAGAGUGUCUGCGCGCACGUCCGCCCGCCCGCCCGCCUCCCCCUCCGCGGGCCCGGAGCAGGGGGUCGGCGGCCGCCCCUCGCCGCCUCCCCGGGGCCGGGGUCGCGGCGCCUCCCCGGGCGGCGAGGAGACUCGCGGACUGCCCGGCGGCGGCGGCGCCCGGAGGCCGCACUGCUGGCGGCCGCGGCGGCGCUGCUCCCCCUGCUCGGUGCAGCUGCCGCCCGGCGCUUGCGCACUGGGCCCCGGGCGCGCGGCGGCACCAGGCUUUGUGUGUGUAUGUGUGUGUGAGUGUGUGUGUGUGAGUGUCUGUGUGUGUGAGUGAGUGAGCGGGCGGGCGCGAGUGUGGCCGCCGCGGAGCGCGAGCAGGACCCGGCGGGCGCGCUCCCCAGCCUCUCUCUCCCCGCCAGAACCAUGUCGGGCAGGUCGGUUCGAGCCGAGACCAGGAGCCGCGCCAAAGAUGAUAUCAAGAGGGUCAUGGCGGCUAUCGAGAAAGUGCGCAAAUGGGUCGGGGAGAGAGGGAGCAGCCGCGACGCUCUCGAGUGUCAGCGCCCGCGGGUUCGUCCUGACCCUUUAUUUAGAGCCUAAAAACUGGGCCGGCCCCUUAACGGGAGGCGUGGUGGGGCCUUCUGCCCCAGGUUCCCAGCCUGGCAGAGGCUCCUGCACCCUGACAGCUGCUCCUGUAGGGCGGGCCCACCAGCUGCUCUGCAAGGAGGGCAGAUGGAGCUGUGGGGUUUUCCACCCUGCCUGGCCCCAGAGCAGCCAGCCUGGAGGCCUUCAGCGCUGCUGAACCCACUGCCCACCAGGCCUGUGUUUGCCGGGAGGGGAGGAGAGGAGAGCGCCCCUCUCCCUCCCUUGUGUUUUAGGAAACCUGUCAUGUCCUCUAAAGACCUCAUGCUUUGGGAUGUCAUGGCUGGGCUUCCAGUUCUCUCCCUUGCUGUGACCUUGGCAAACCAUGGAACUUCUCUGACCGUGGCAGCAAGGGGGGUCGGUCCUGUGCAGCUUUGUCCCUCCUGGAGCAAGAUCGUGUCCCCAAGAGCACUUAGCCCUGCACACAGGAGGUGUCAUUAACUGUCGUCCUUAUUGUAAGGCUAAGUCUGAUGGAGAAGAGAGAGGUGCUUCAGCCCGGCUGGUUACCAGUGGCCAGCAGGACAGGAGGGCUCAGGGUGCACCCAGGGACGUCUUCAUGGCAGGGUUGGCGUGCAGCCUGGUGGUCGUGGUGAAUUCAGGCCAGUGCCUAUACGUGGUGAGAGCUGGGACGUCUGAGCGAGCCACAGAGCCCCAUCUGGAGAGAGCCACUGCUCCUCAGGGGGUGUGGGCCCCCCGUGGCCAGAUCCUGUUUUUGAGAGUAUCCAGGAAUCUGGAUUUCUAUGCAGAGUGUGACUUUUUUUCUUUUUUCUUAAAGUUUGGCAAGUGACUAAAAUUUUUUAAAGUGCCAUGCAGGCCGGACAAAACAUGCCUGUUGGCUACUUAUUUGCCACCCAGAUAUAAGGUAAUAAGUUCAGCUUAAUACCCUCAUGGGGGUCAGUGCCUUCUGGGUGAUGGGUUUGGGGGCGGUAGUGGGAACUCCCAGCUGAGCCCAUGUGUCAUUUCCCGAGGUGCUGCCAUGCCGCUGGCCUGAUGAGACAUGGGAGCUCACUCAACAUGUCUGUGAAGUCCUGUCCCGUCCUCCUGAUGCUGGCUCAGGGACUUAGACCUGAGGUCCAGGCCUUGCCUCUCCCUGGGCGGCUUCUGGCUGAACGGCAGUCCCGAGGUCCAGUCCUGAGGGAGAAGAAGUGGGUGACUGUGGGUGACACAUCCCUGCGAAUCUACAAGUGGGUCCCUGUGACUGAGCCAAAGGUUGAUGAUAAAAACAAGAAUAAGAAAAAGGGCAAAGAUGAGAAGUGUGGCUCAGAAGUGACCACUCCGGAGAACAGCUCCUCCCCAGGGAUGAUGGACAUGCACGAUGAUAACAGCAACCAGAGCUCCAUAGCAGAUGCCUCCCCCAUCAAACAGGAGAACAGCAGCAACUCAAGCCCUGCCCCGGAGCCCAACUCGGCUGUGCCCGGCGAUGGCACCGACGCUAAGGCAGAUGAGGCCCAGGCCGAUGGGAAGGAGCUCCCAGGGGCUGAAGAUGCUUCUGAUGAGCAGAAUUCACAGUCUUCAAUGGAAAACUCGAUGAACAGUUCAGAAAAAGUCGAACGGCAGCCAUCUGGAGACGCGGGGCUAGCUGCAGAGACGUCCACAAUCUCUCAGGUACCUCGAUCGAGGUCUCACAGGGGCAGCCAGAUCGGCCGGGAGCCCGCUGGGGUGUCGGGGGAUUUGGAAGGAGUGCCGCCCUCUAAAAAGAUGAAACUGGAGGCUUCGCAACAGAACUCCGAGGACAUGUAGACGCUGAGGUCAGUCCUCCGACCCACGUUUCACGGGAGAUACAUCAGCAGGCUUCAUUCUAGAACAACUUCACCCGAGCGCCUCCUCUCGGGUGCAGACAGAACUACUAACUUUUCACGUUUACCAAGUGCAAAUCCAAGAAAACCUAGAACGGCGUGACUUCUCAGACACUGAAGAACUUUCUGCUGUGAAGCAAAACACUCGAGUCUGGAAGUGACUGUCCUUGGGAAGCGGGGCCGACAGCUCAGGAGUGUCUGCACACUGUCUCUGAAGCCAAGAUUUCAUUUGUGUUGCUGCUGUAUUGUUUUUUUUCCACUUCUCUAUUUAACGAUAUAAGCUAUUUGAGGGUGGUACCCAUCAGGAAUCUGCUUUUCGUCGGGCUCUUCACUGUUCAACCGAUUCCUUCCGCUUUCUUUUUUUGUGCCUUGUGCCCUUGAGGUGACCUCUGGCACGUUUUCCUGGUUGUUUUGCAUCUCCCUUUGCCAAGUGCCCUCUCGGUUUUGUUCCGGUGGCCGCUGUCACCGUCCUCCUGCCCUCCCUGCCCCAGGACCUUUGAGCGGAGCGGAGCAGGCAGGGAGGAGGAGAGCCCGAGGCCGCCUGACUUCCACGUACCCUGAGCCCUGGGUAGGGGGCAACACCGGCCUCCAGGGUCCAGGGAGUCUCAGAUGUCAGGGCACUGUCCCCAAGGGCUGGCCACUCCGUAUGGUCUCGCUUCCUCGGGGCAUCUGAGGCUGGUAUUUCCAAGCCCACAGCGGCCCAGACAGACACACAGAGCCUUUAGAUGGUUCUGGCACUUCCACCCUCUGCCUCCACCAUACCGCUUUCUCUCACACCUCCGAAGACGAAAUGGCUUCUGUGGCUGACUGCAGGAUUGUCUCCUUCAGACGGUAAAAGGGCUGAGGAGGCUGGGAGCAGGUGGCAGGAAUAGCUGGUGCUGAACUUCUCUCGUAGGACGUUGCUUGGAUUUCAAAUCCACAGCAACCUGCCGUCCUCUGCCCCCCAGCGCCCCCAGCCCCGCCCCAGGGAGGCGAGACGGCCGUUGGCUGAAAUCCACUUGCUUCUGCACUGUUCCUGACUCUCAGAGCCAACAGUUAGAUCGGGUCUCAUUCCCAGGAUGUGCCGACAGUCCCCACAGGGGAUCGGGGCCUUGAGGGUUUGGCCUCGAAGGCCAGAAACAAGGCACCAAGAAGCUGGAAAGCUUUGCACUCCUCCAGAAAGGGGCGAUCCCUCGCGACCUCCAUUGCCCGCCUGUGCUGGGACAGCUUCCUCUCGCUGAAAUGGAGACGCCCCCUUGUACGAACUGCCUAAUUGUUUGGUUCUGAGGCCUGGUUUGCUCUUAAUUCCUGUAUGGACUCCUCAGACCUUAACCUUUUUCCUGAGCUUUCUUUACUGCACUGGAGUUCCAACUCCCUUUGAGUUGUGUGUGGGCGGGGGGCGGGUUUCGGGUUUUAUCGGUUGGUUUUUGUUUUGUUUGUUUUGUUUUGUUUUUGGCUAAUUGGUGCAUAUUCAGGUACCACCUUUGACGUGUGGAUCUCUCUCCUGACCACCAUGGGAAGUGUCUGCCAGAUUCCAUUUUCUAAGAGUUUCUGAGGGUGAGGCUCUUUAUUUUUUUAAAGGGAGCCAAUCUAUUUCCUGCACUUCAAGAAGAAUUCAAAAUGUUCCUGAAUUUCAAAUACCUCAUGCAAAAAUGUCUCCUGAAAUAAGGGAAAGAAAAAAAAAAAACUUUGAAAAUCUUAAUGUUGGAGUUAGCGAUGCCGAAAGGUUUCUGUCUUAAAAAAAAAAUCCUUAUCAAUUUUGCCCCUCAGGCGGUCAGUUCUGUGGAGAACUGUGUCCUGCGUUACCUCUCAGCGUAUCUCAAGGCGGUGUUACCUCCAGAUCCUGUAGUUAGAGUAACUUUUUCCUUUGCAGCAAAACUCCAUGUUGAUGAAAGAUGAAUUUGGAUAUUUAUUUCCAUUUCUUUUUGGGAAACGAGAGGUUGCAACCAAGACAGCUGAAGGAGAACCACACACACUCGUCCACGGAAACAGCAGGUGGCCGGGGUCCCCUGCGCCCUUUCUGUUUGCGGUCGCCUCUCUGGGCAGGCAAGGGGAGUCAACACGGUCAAGGAUGAAGACACCAUCCAUGAUGCCGAGGCUGUCAUUAGUUUUUCUCUGAAGUGCCUGAAGGUAGGAAUGGGCCAGUGGUUGGGACCAAAUGGGCCCCGCCACCACCAUGCCAGGCAGCGCGCCAGCGGCCCUGCACUCACUGCUGGCCAGGAAGGCCUUCCACACGGAUGAUUUACUGCAGAAAUCCACUUGUGCUCCCCGCCCCGCCGCUGCCCGCCCCGCGGGGCCGCUGCCCCACCUGCCCUGCGCCCCUUGCCCUCCCCCCACCCCAGAAUCUCAGACCGCCAGCCGGCGAGCCAGGGGCAGGAGCCCAGUGAAUGCCUUCUGGGGACACUGGCCCCGUGGCCGAAAGGGCUCCCGGGGCAAACUCACUCCCCGCAAAACUUGACGUUGGGGAGGCUGCGGCUACACAUUCCACAAAGUGCUGGCACUUAACCCAUAACCCGGAAGGCAGUUGACCGACUCAUAGGGUGGUGACCUCCCAUCACAAACGAUGUCAUGGUUUGGAAUGUUCGUUAUGGCCAAGGACCUGGUUAGAGGUAUAAAGACCUUUUUUCACCAUUACCGAAUUUUUUUUCCUCUUGAUUUUUUUUUUUUUUUGGUGUGUUGUACAGCAGUAUAAUUUUUCACUUAUUUAUUCCAUCGGUAGAUAUGGUUUGUACAAUGUACAAUGGUUCCAUUUCAGAAAAUAAAAAAAUUCAAAUCAUGAA